CAGGAACCAUCGGUACUCCCUGAGGGCUGUUGUCAUUCAGUCUAGUGAUGCCUCCAGUGUGACCUGAAGGAUUGAAGCUAUGUGAUGAAGUUGAAUCAGCUUCUAUAAAAAUGCAGCCUGUCUCUCCUCUCCUGAAGAAAAACAACUUUCUGGCUGCUGCCAUGCCAGGUGAAUAGGGCUCAGUGACAGGACAUUCCUGGAAAUAGUCGUGGUCAGACCCAGCAGGGAGAAGCACACCAAUUGCCCAUGACACCAUGACAGCAAGAGAACACAGCCCACGUCAUGGCUUCAAGUCCCGUUCAGUGCAGCGGGCCUCAACGAUCGAUGUUACCUCUGACAUGCUGGGACUGUCUCUGGCAGGAAACAUCCAGGAUCCAGACGAGCCCAUAUUAGAAUUCAGCUUGGCUUGCAGCGAACUACAUACUCCAUCGCUAGAUCGAAAACCAAAUAGUUUUGUAGCAGUGAGCGUAACAACACCUCCUCAGGCAUUCUGGACAAAGCAUGCACAGACAGAGAUUAUAGAGGGAACUAACAAUCCUAUAUUUCUAAGCAGUAUCGCCUUCUUUCAAGACUCCCUUAUCAAUCAGAUGACGCAAAUCAAACUAUCUGUUUAUGAUGUCAAAGAUAGAUCUCAGGGAACAAUGUAUUUACUGGGUUCUGGAACGUUCAUAGUCAAAGAUCUGCUCCAGGAGAAAUACCAUAGGUUGCAUUUAACACUAAGGUCUGCUGAAAAUGAUCGCGUAGGUAACAUUACUGUAAUAGGAUGGCAAAUGGAAGAGAAAUCAGACCAGCGGCCCCCUGUAACAAGGUCACCUGAUACAGUUAAUGGAAGGACUGUUCUGCCGGUGGAUGAAAGCUUGACAGAGUCAUUAGGAAUCCGAUCCAAAUAUGCUUCCUUGCGCAAAGAUUCAUUACUUAAAUCAGUGUUUGGUGGUGCCAUCUGUAGAAUGUACCGUUUCCCUACGACUGAGGGGAAUCACCUAAGGAUCUUGGAGCAGAUGGCUGAAAGUGUCCUCUCCUUACAUGUUCCUAGACAGUUUGUAAAGCUCCUUCUAGAAGAAGAUGCAGCAAGGGUUUGUGAAUUGGAAGAAUUGGGAGAACUAUCUCCUUGCUGGGAAACUCUCCGUCGACAAAUAGCUACUCAGUACCAAACCAUCAUACUAACUUACCAGGAAAACUUAACUAACUUACAUCAGUACAAAGGCCCCUCAUUUAAGGCAAGCAGUUUGAAAGCUGACAAAAAGUUGGAGUUUGUACCCACAAAUCUGCAUAUACAGAGAAUGCGAGUCCAAGAUGAUGGAGCAUCAGAUCAGAACUAUGACAUCAUAACCAUAGGAGCAGCCGCAGCACAUUGCCAAGGCUUUAAGUCAGGGGGUCUUCGAAAACGACUGCACAAAUUUGAAGAGACCAAGAAACACAGUUAUGAGGAAUGUUGUACCUCACCCAGCUGCCAGUCAAUAAUAUACGCACCGCAGGAUAUCAUCAGGGCAAAGGAGAUUAUUGCCCAGAUCAACACCUUAAAAACCCAAGUCAGUUACUAUGCUGAAAGGCUGUCAAGGGCAGCUAAGGAUAGAUCAGCUAAUGGCCUUGAAAGGACGCUUGCCAUCUUAGCAGAUAAGACAAGACAACUGAUUACUGUCUGUGACUGUAAAUUGUUGGCUAAUUCAAUACAUGGACUAAAUGCUGCUAGACCUGAUUACAUUGCCUCCAAAGCAUCUCCCACUUCAACCGAGGAGGAGCAGGUAAUGCUAAGGAAUGAUCAAGAUACUCUUGUGGCAAAGUAUACGGGAAGAAAUAGUCGCUCUCUCCAUGCAGAUUGGCAUGAGGCAGAAUGGGAAAAAGUUUGGUUAAAUGUUGACAAAAGCCUGGAGUGCAUCAUUCAGAGAGUCGACAAACUUCUCCAGAAAGAACGAUUGCACAGUGAGAGCUGUGAAGAUGUUUUCCAGUGUGAUGUCAGUGGGCCUAGUAAGAAAGAUAGCAGCCCCCCUCCUGAAGAAUCCAGCCCAGGUGAAUGGAGUGAGGCCCUUUACCCCUUGCUGACGACACUCACAGAUUGCGUAGCCAUGAUGAGUGACAAGGCCAAGAAAGCGAUGGUCUUCCUGUUAAUGCAGGACAGCGCUCCAACAAUAGCUAUGUACCUGAAGCUCCAGUAUCGAAGGGAUGUUGUCUUCUGCCAAACUCUGACUGCGCUCAUUUGCGGGUUCAUUCUCAAGCUAAGGAACUGCCUACACGACGAUGGUUUCCUGCGGCAACUCUACACUAUUGGCUUACUGGCCCAAUUUGAAAGCCUUCUCAGCACCUAUGGUGAGGAGUUGGCCAUGUUGGAAGACAUGAGUCUGGGAAUUAUGGACUUGAGGAAUGUAACCUUUAAAGUAACGCAGGCCACGUCCAAUUCAUCAACAGACAUGCUCCCUGUAAUUACAGGAAAUCGUGAUGGAUUUAAUGUGAGGAUUCCAUUGCCAGGCACUCUGUUUGAUGUGCUGCCCCGGGAGAUUCAGAGUGGCAUGCUUCUGAGAGUUCAACCCGUCCUUUUCAACGUGGGAAUUAAUGAGCAGCAAACCUUGGCGGAGAGGUUUGGAGACACAUCUUUGCAAGAGAUUAUUAAUGUGGAGAGUUUGGUGAGGUUAAAUUCUUACUUUGAGCAGUUCAAGGAAGUUUUACCUGAUGAUUGUCUACCUCGAUCUCGUAGUCAAACGUGCCUGCCUGAGCUGUUACGGUUUCUGGGACAGAAUGUACAUGCCAGGAAGAAUAAGAAUGUUGACAUCCUUUGGCAAGCAGCUGAGGUGUGCCGAAGACUCAACGGAGUCCGAUUUACCAGCUGCAAGAGUGCCAAGGACAGAACAGCUAUGUCAGUGACCCUGGAGCAAUGUCUGAUCCUGCAGCAUGAACAUGGAAUGGCUCCCCAGGUCUUCACCCAGGCUCUGGAUUGCAUGAGGAGUGAGGGUUGUCGGCGAGAAAAUACAAUGAAGAAUGUUGGAUGUCGCAAGUAUGCAUUUAAUUCCCUGCAGCUGAAGGCUUUCCCAAGGCAUUACAGGCCUCCAGAAGGAACUUAUGGAAAAGUUGAAACAUAAACAUAAUGUGUCCUCUAAUUAGCUGUUAUACAAUACAUGUGGGUACACUCUAGUUGAAUUCAUGAAGACCAGAAGUUUUUUUUAACAUUUCAUCCUAGAUUCUAUUGAGCAUGUUAUCUUAUUGCAUUGGAAUCAGUAGGAAAGAAUGUUUUGGCGCAGUAGUGUAUGUAGUGAUAACCGCCCCUUUAAAUAGCCUUCGGUCCUAUGUGAGCUACACAAAUACCAUGAAAUCGUUCCCUGUAUUCAACAAUUAGGUACAUCCAGGAUGCUAAAGGACUUUUUUAUAAAUGGCCACUUAGGUAGCUGUUUCACAUAACAACCUUUUCUAUUGAGUUGAUUUAAGGUUGAGUUUUUCAUAAUACUGUACUUUAAAAAGUUAGAAACUCAAUAAAUAGUAAAGUAAUUGGAACUGAGGCAACCCUAUACAUAUUGACAGAAUCAUACAAAAUCAAUUUGUAACUUCAGGAAAAUAAAUUAGCCCUAACACCAACUCAUGAAGCAAAAGGAAGUGGCCAGGAUGACCUGUCCUUUGUGUGAUGCUAUCUGUAAAGCAUGAAGUCAGUAUGUCACUUUUGAGAGUUUUGCUAGGUUUCAAAAACACUGAGGAUUCAUUUCUUACGUGAUUGCACUUUAUUAGAAGAUAACUGCCAAACAUACCAUGUAACUGAAAUUCCAUAGUUUUUUUCAACAGCCGAGUGUCUUGGCGAGUCAUUUUUGUAAUUAGCCUUGCAGGUUAAAAACUACCACCAACAACAAAAUUAAAUGGUUCUUCUCUCUUCUCCUCUCAUCCUUGUACUCAUCACUUUUAAGCAUCUUGUUAACAAGUUAGGAUUCCACCUUUUAAAGCGUAUGCAAAGCUCUCCUUGGACGCAACUGAAAUUCUGUGCAUCCGCAAUCCAAAAGAGGCAGAUCAGCAUUCUGAAGUGCAUACUUACAAUUUCAUGAAGCAAAUGUUAUCAGCAUUUGAACGAAGGAAAUCUAAAUUUUUUUUUCAGGGGUUUGCUUAUUCUUUCACCUGUUUACUUAAUAUAUUGCUUUUGGGUUUUUUUGAGGCAAAAACUAUAACUAUAUUUCAGUGUCUUUGAAAUGCUUUGUUAUCCAGUUCAUGGGAAUUCCUAAGACAUUUUUCCCUUCUGCCUGUUUGGUUCUGUGAGUUAACCAGCAACUGUUGAGGCAGUUCGGUGUGUGUCCUUCCGAUCUUCAAACUGAUUUUUGUUCCCUCAAAGACUUGGGAAUUGCAAUUUAUCCUCUAAUCAUAGCAAAAAACAUUUCAGGACUUCUUAAAAACAAGACUUUACUUUUCCUACUCCACAUUUUGAGGCAUGUUGAAAAUUAGAAGCUAAAGACCUGAUCAUUUAUUUUCUGUAAGGAAAUAAUAUGGUACACGUUUCACAGAGUUUUGUUUUUUUGGGAAUGCUUGUGUGCGUGUGUUUCAUCAGUUCUGUUAAUCAUGGUUGUCUUAGAGAUGUUCUUUGGGUAAAUUGUUCUUAAAAUUAUAUUGAAACUUUUGGUCCAUUCUUACAUUACCCAAACUUGGUGUGUGUAAAUUAUUCCAUGUUGCUUAAAAAGAUAUAAAAAUGUACAUGUACAUUUUACUUGAGCCUUUUAAUAUAGCUAAAGAAUUAAAAACCAUGAAAAAGUCAUUGAUUUGAAAUUACCCAUGUCUAAAAUCUCCAGAAAUUUCCUUUUAGGAUGUGACUGUGUUUUAUAUGUACUGUAUGCUUAUUUACAUGAAUAAAGGCAAUAGAAUUACUCAAAUAUAUGUAUAUAUGUAUGUGAACACAGAUAUAUACAUAUACAGAACUGAUUGCUGGCAUAGUUGUUUGGCUCCUGCUAGCAAUGGGUAAUUUCAGGGUAGCUACCAGUAUUGAAGAGGGGGCCUUUGAGUACCAGCUGUAGUUUAGAAAUACUUCUUCUUAGGACUGUUGGUUUCAGCAGUGGUAAAGACAGAGGAAGAGAAACGGCUCCCAUUUGUGCGUCUUUUCUGUGAUUCCAUGCCCACAGCAAGGCAUGCAGUUGCAGUGAAAUCUUUGUUGCCGUCUACUCUCUUCCCAUUUACAUGUUUAGCUACAUUCAGAUACAAAUGAGAUUUAGUAAGGCUAAUUUACCUUUUGACCCUCCAUGACAUUUUUUGAGUAUAUCAUCCAUAUUGUGUAGUUUCAGUCUUUUCUCUCUUCUCAUUAUUAUAUUUUCUUGCCAGAUUUUUGUUAUGUACUUCAAUCAUAUAUUCGCAAUUAAGAAAACUUGUGUGUAUUAUUUCAAAACCUUUUUGUGUCUGAAGUGUUUAACAUUUGAGUCUCUUCUAGUGCUGUUUCACAUAAAUAAAUUACAACGUGUGAUUUUGUACCUAGCUCCCUUUUUGGAAUAGUUUUCUUGAAUUCUUCAGGCAUGCUUGGAGUUCAUCAGUUGAAAUGGUGGGACCUCAGCCUUGAAAGCUUGGUCACUGGAAAUAUUCAGGUUUCAUUGCUCUGUGUGAAGAUCAUCUUUGCUCAGCUGUUUUUUUUUUUUUUUUGCACAUAUCACAGCAUCACGUGCACGUUUACAGAUUUGACUAGUGAUCAUACUGAACAAUAAAAAUCAAGACUUUGUCGUUAAAUUUUUUUUAACCCUCUAGAGGAAACUUCCUACGAAGUACUUUUGAGUUGCACAAGGAAGGUUUUUUAAUCACGUCUUGUAAAAUGGUAGUCCUGUCUACUGUUUUUUUUACGUACACUUUUUUUUAAAUGUCAUGAAACAUACUGAGGGAUAAAAUUGUUGCCAGGUAUGUUAUUGUGUGUGUUCUGUGAAAGCACCACAGCACAGUUGCCUUUUGUUUCAUUUAUAAUUGUAAAAAUAUUGUAUAAUAUAACAGUUUGUCCCUACACAAUUGUAUUUGCCAAGCUUUGUGCAUUGAAAUAUUUUUAUUUAUUUCUUUUGGGCAGUAUUAAUAUAUUAUAAACCUAUGGUUACUGUUUUAUAUAUUCUUAGAUCAUUCAAGUCAUGUAUGCUGUAAAUGUGCUAGUCUUUAGAAUGAAAAAUAUUAAUAAAGAACUGACAGUACUAAAUUGUGACUUUUUUCUUUAAAUUCAUUAGUACCGGCCUGGGAGUCAAGAGACCAGGGUGUUCUGAUCCUGGUUCUGCUACUAAUCUGUAUAACCUUGGGUAACUCAUUCAACCCCUUUAGGCCUCAGCUGUAAAAAUUGAAUUAUGUUCAAUUGGUCUUUAUUAAGCAUCUGUUUGUGUGUGGAGCACUACCCUGGACCCCAAGGGGGAUAUAAAGGUUAAAUAAAUAAGACAUGAUUCCUGUGCUCACGGAGUUAGUGUAGUAACAGAAUUGAACAAGGCGAUCUCUAAGGACCCUGCUAGCCUGCGUAUCUACAAUUCUUAAGAUUUGACUACAUUAAAAGGAAUGAUUUGGGGAGUCAACAUUUGAUGAGCCCACAUGGUUGAAUGAGAAUAUCUUUGGGAUUGUUCUUUUUUUUCCGUAUGUUGACACUUCGGCCUUUACCAGUAAGUAGGAAUUACAGAAACUUUCCCAUUUGUGUUCCCUCUAUGUCCUGUAAAUGAUCAAGUUUCAGUUUUUUGAGGAUGGGUCAACGAAAUGCUUUUGCAAAAUACUUGGAUCCACUUAUGUUUGGGGAAAAGGACAUUUUACUCAGUAUGCUAAUUACUUAAGAGGCCUGUUUUCUGCACCAUUAAAUCAUCAGUGUCAUGAUUCCAUUUUCCUUUAAAGCAGUAAGGUAUUCAGGGAAAUGGGACAGAAGGAGUAGCUUACCUCUCAUUCCAUCUUUUUCUCCUCUUGAGAUUGUUAUUAUCCUUAUCCUAUAACCACUUAAGACUAAUGAAUAUAGAGUGUUUUUUCAUAUGAUUAUAAAUUGUUUUGAUUUCUUUGUCAGAAAACUGCCUAUUUAUAGCCUUUGACCAUUUAUCAAUUGGGGAAUGACUCCUAUUUGUAUAGAUUUGACAAAGUUCUUCAUAUAUUUGAGAUAUGAGGCCUUUAUCUUAGAAACUCCAUAAAAAUUUUUAUUAGCUUAGGGAAAUCCAAAUUAGAGCAACCUUGAGAUAUCAUUUUACACCUAUCAGAUUGGCUAAAAUAAUCGAAGGGGGACAGAUGUUGGAGGGGACAUGGAAAAAUUUGGAUGCUAAUUUAUUGCUGGUGUAACCAUGAACUGAUACAACCAUUUUGAAGAGCAAUCUGGAAUUUUGCCCAGAGAGUUAUUAAAUUGCCUAUACCCUUUGCCUCAAUAAUACCACCAGGUCUAUUUCCAAAGAUGACUAGGGAAAAAGGAAAAGGACUGUUAUGUUCUAAAAUGUUUAUAGCAGCUAUCAUUGUGGAGACGAAGAGCUGGAAAUUGUGGGGAUGCCCAUCAGUUGGGGAAUGGCUGAACAAGUUGGAGUAUAUGACUGUAAUGGAAUACUACUGUGCUAUAAGAAGUCAUGAACUCUGUGAUCUUAGAAAAACAUGGAUUGACUUGCAUGAAAUAAUGAAGAGUGAAAUGAGCAGAACCAAGAGAACAUUGUAUACAGUAACAGCAAUAUUGUUUUAAGAACAACUUUGAGCAAGUAAGUCAUUUUGACUGUUAUAAACACCCAAAUGAACUACAAAGGACCUAUGAAGGAAGAUGUUUUCUGCAUCCAGAGAAAGAAUUGAUAAAUAGAAGUGUGUAUAGAAUUAUUUUACAUAUUUAUACAUAUUUGUGUCUAAUGGUAGCCACCUCUAGGAUGGAAGAGGAGGGAGGGAAGAAAAAAGGGGGAAGAAAAGAAGUUACGUGAUCCCUUUAUUAUAUAUUUAAAAGGAAUAGCAAGUUGUACAUGAUAGAUUUGAAGUUUCAUGUGCAAUCAUUUUUUUUCUUUUCUACUAUGUUAUGGAAAUGCUUGUUUUAUUAAGUUCAGAAUAAAACAAAAUUUU